UUUCGAAAAAGAGUAAAAAAAAAAUACAUAUUUGUUGUCUGUGGGAACUGUUUUGAGCGGGAGAAUUUCAUAUUUGGCAAUUCGAAUUGUUUCAAUUGUAUCGUCGUCUCGCUUACUCCUGUUGUGUUAGUGCACAGUGAUAGAGAUAGAUGUAUGUUGCAGUGUUUCGCCUAAAAUGUUGAAGGAGUGUUUCGUAAAUUAAAUUAUAAUUCGAAAUUUAAAUAAAAUAUUUUUUUAACACAAUGUAAUGAGUUUGAACGUAAAGAGUAUUUAUUUAUUAUACUUUUAGUUUGUGGUUAAUUCAUUUUUACGGGCGUUUUACAUUAAAAUGGACGUGGUUAUUGUUUAAAGUGUUAGUAUGUUAGUUAGUUUGUUAGUUAAAAUGUUAAAUAUAUUAGUUUUGUGUCCGGUUCUGCUUGCGGCGGCGGUGCAGACUUUGACCAUCGAUUCGCAGCUUGGGACAUCCAUUGAAGAUUGUUUCGACAGAAUAUCGAUUGGAGAACAGCUGUCUCCUGACGCCAUCUAUCGAAACGUGACCGAACUAACAACGCGUGAGUGUGAACACAUUUGCAAGCAAGACAAACAAUGCCAGAGUUACGAUUAUGGCGUUGGUGCAAAAGGCAAUGCUACCUGCAACUUAAGCAAAAACGAUGAAAAAUCACUAAAAGAAAAGAACCUAUUGCUGAAACAUCCAGAUUAUGACGUCUACAUUCGUCGGAUACAAUGCGAGCAGGCCCCUCCUUCCCCCAUGCAACCCCAGUUCGAUGACCCCGGAGAAGGAGCUGGACCCGCCCAUAGACCUGUUUUCAGACCUGUCGAUGACCCAAAACAACCUUUCACUGAUGAUUACCUCAUCUCUAGCAAUCUAGAAGCCUAUGGUGUUGCCAGACCAGUCUACAAGCCCCAAUACGAUGAAAGACCCGAUGACUAUAGCAACCCCAAACCGGACUUCGACAUGGGACCCAGUUAUGGGGUCCAUAAACCUCAGGAUAUACCUUUCAGGCCGGAAAAGCCUGCUCAUAGCACUCGGCCUGAUCCGUAUGAUGUACUUCAAUUACAGGAUCCUUAUAAGCCUGAUAAUAGGCCAGGAUAUCCUGCGAAUGAUCCGAGGCCUCCUUAUGUGCCUGAGAAGCCAGAAUACCAUUACAUUAUUAGGCCUAAUAGGAAACCAAGGCCACAAGAAGACACUAGCUUUACUAAGCCAAGUAAUGAUUAUCAUAGACCUGGAUAUGGACAGGCUGAUCCUGGAUACCCUCAAGGCCCAAGACCAUAUCCAGAUAAAGAUCCGUAUAAUCGCCCUAGACCCGGAUAUCAAGGUCCACUUGGUGGUUAUGGUCAAAAUUCUCCGUACGAUGAUAAUUCUAUACACGUCGAAAUAAAUGACCCACCCAGACCGUACACACCUCCUAAACCAGCUGGCCAAGGGAUCUACGGUUAUGGAACUUAUUCCAGUCAGAAUUCUUACUCACAGUCUCAAAGUAGCCAGUCUCAAUAUUAUGGAUCUGCUGCAGCAGACACAGGUUUUGGCAACCCUUACAGGCCAGAUCCCAGGCCAGAAAGACCAGGUUAUGGGGAACCAAGUGAUGCUGGAUAUGGUGGAGGGUCAAAACCAAAACCGAUUAAUGACAGGCCGGUUUAUGGUGCUGAGAAACCUGAGUAUGGUGAUAAGCCAGCGUAUAAUGAUAAACCAGCUUAUGGGAAUGAUAAACCUUCGUAUGGAAGCGAUAGACCAGGUUAUGGGAAUGAUAAGCCUGGCUAUGGAAAUGAUAGGCCUUCUUACAAUGAUAAGCCAUCGUAUAGUAAUGAUAAACCCUCUUAUGCCAAUGAUAGGCCAAGUUAUGGUAACGAUAAUCCAUCUUAUGGUGGCAAUAAGCCUUCUUACGGGAAUGAUAGUCCCUCUUAUGAUGGUAAUAAGCCUACUUACGGGAAUGAUAGUCCAUCUUAUGGCGGCAAUAAGCCUACUUACGGGAAUGAUAGUCCAUCUUAUGGUGGCAAUAAGCCUACUUAUGGGAAUGAUAGUCCAUCUUAUGGUAGCAAUAAACCCGCUUAUGGAAAUGACAGACCAAGUUAUGGGAACGAUAGACCGUAUAAUGAUGACAAACCAUCUUACGGAAGUAACAGGCCACCUGUUAGUAAUGAUAAGCCUUCGUAUGGCAGUGAUAGACCUGCUUAUGGUAAUGAUAGACCUGCUUAUGGUAAUGAAAGACCUUCAUAUGGGAAUGACCAACCUUUCUAUGGAAAUAACAAACCAUCAUAUGACCCGAAACCGGGUUACGGUAACCAAGUCACAUAUGGCAGCAACCACGCGUCAUUUAACAGUCAAAGCGGUUAUAGUAGCAGCCAAGCUAGCUAUGGAAGUCAUUAUUAUAACAAACCGUUAGACACUGGUUAUCGGUUACAGAAACCAAGCCACGAUUACCAGAAACCUUACGGAACAAGUUCUUAUGGUGAAGGUUAUGGGAAUAACCAAAGUGCUUAUGGGCAGGGUUCAUAUGGGUCUGGAUCUUAUGGACAAGGAUUUUAUGGGGGUUAUCAGGGAUCGUACGGUACUAGCUAUGGAUCUCAGUCUUCUCAAAAUUCUUAUUAUGGAAGUCAAGGGUCUUUUGACUAUAAUACGGGUUCUUAUGGAGGGACGGGGACUUAUGGUGGUCAGAAUGAUUAUAAUAGACCUUCUUAUGGCAAUAGACCUUUGAAUGAUAAGCCUGUGCCUGUUAAGCCUCAGAAACCAAAACCUUCGUAUGAAAAUGAUGAACAGGACGGAGGUUAUAACAAACCAGCAUUCGACGAAAACCGCCCAGACUACAUCAACCCAAAUGACCCCGGCUACGACACAGACCAGGAUAAACCAGGCUACGGCAAUGAGAAACCAAACACAACCGGUUACGAAAAACCAAAUGUAAAACCGGUAUACGAAUACGAUUUGGAGAAACCGGGUAAUGUGCCCAGUUACAUUGCUAGGCCGGGUGGGGAGGUGGUUACUUCUAAACCCAUGGCCAUAAGUGAAUAUGAAGAAGCAUACGGGCGAAAUCCAGGCAAGGAGGUUUACAAAGCAUGUUUCCGCCGCGUCCUGGCCGGGAAGCGAGCACUGCGGAGUCAUGUCAGGAAGGUGGUACCAUGCGAGAGGCUGGAGGACUGCCGGAGGGAAUGUGCCAUGGAAAAGAGGUUCCCUUGCGAAAGCUUCAAUUAUAGAUUAGACCGGACAUUCAGAGGCAAAGGUCUAUGCGAGUUAAUGACAAAACCAAUAGAAGCUUUCGACUUACGACGUGAUUUCGUUGAAGACAAAGAUUUCGAUUUUUUCGAGCUCGACCGAAAUAGCUUGGAACCGAAUUGCCCAGACACUCUGAGGGGUCCAGGGGUCUUACAUUCUGGUUUUUUAUCCUCAAAACCGAAUCGGAUAGAGGGGGAAGGGUCACAAAGUGGUUGGAGGGACAGAUAUGAUGGAUUUGAUCAAUCGGACCGAUUCGGUGGUAAUCGGAGAGGUGGUUACGGGAAUCGACGAUAUGAUGAUCGAUUUUAUAUUCCUUAUCAGAUUAAUCAAGACGAUAUCCGGUCAGGCAUGGAGUCAGGAAAGUUAACGGUCCUUGUACUCCUAGAUUUCAGUAACGCCUUUAACACCGUUGACUUUGACUUACUGCUUGGCGUGCUCAGCUCCUAUGGCAUGUCCCCGUCGGAACGUUUCCAGUUCCUGGGUGUCACACAUUCGAAGUUCCUGAGAUCAUCGGAGAAUCUUAAGCUCAGCAUUUGUAAGCACUCCACUUGCUUUUAUGACAAGUCUUUCACAAUACAAGCGGCUCGGUUGUGGAAUGCGCUGCCGGUGGAAGUGCGACGUGCUCAAACUCUGGAUUGUUCCUCCCGCCGCCGUCCAGGCAUGUCUUUAGGCACGGGUGCUAUUAGACGAGCUCUCAUAUCCCGUAACGUGGUGGAGUGCGAGGCAGCCUGCUUCAGUGAGAGGGAGUUCAAAUGUGUGUCUUAUUCUUAUAGAUAUUCAAAUUCCCACGGUACUGAUAACUGUUUCCUGAGUGAGCGUCCUUACCGAGGGUUAGAGCUGGCAGCUGACAGCAGUUCUGAUGUGUAUGCCAUGCCUCAGGACCAGGGCUGCGUAACCAUCAACUAUAAACCUUGGGUUGAGAGUGAAUGUUUCUGGCACGUGCGCUCCGGGUCAGCAGUGAGUGACUCAGCAGUGCGGGCCGCCCUCACGGUGGCCGGGCUCGGCGCCUGCGAGGCUGAGUGUAUCAGGGCACACGCAUUCUUCUGUAGGGGAUUCAGUUUUAGGUUUGAUUCUCCAACCAUAGGAGAUGACCUAGAGAACUGUGUCCUCACGUCAUCGCCACCUACGUCUCUGGAGAAUGGGCGCGGGCUGCGACCCAACAGUGGACAUGAACUAUAUGCGAGGGGCAACUAUGGGAGGGGAUGUGAACCAGCGUUGUAUGAUGAUGUCCAGCAUAGAGAUGAGGAAUGCUACCUUCAAUACGACAAAGCAGCCAAAUUGAGCGGUGGAGCAAUCCGCGGUCAGGCGCGAGUCAAAGACGAGCAGGCCUGCGGUCGCGCGUGCAAUGAGGCUCCGUUCAGAUGUCUUAGCUUUUCUUUCAAUAACAAUGCUCCACCGAAGACGGACAACUGUCUUCUGUCAGAGAUCCGUCUGUUUGACCUCCAGAGAGGAGUGGACUACGUGCACUCUGCUGAUGACUGGCUGUUUGCGUUCGAUCUGUUCAAUGGCCAGUGCUGGAGGAAAGUUCAUGUUGUAGAGUAUGAUGAUCCAGCUCCAGAAAUACCUCGUCCGCUCGCAGCGCCUCCUGUCGAGGAUCACUACCCAGUAUCAGGACCGUCCGGCCCACCAUCGUCUCCCACCGGAUUAUCCGGACCUUCAGCACCUAGUGGACCCGGAUAUCUACCAGAUCAUGCUCAUAAUGAACCACCGUUUAUCCCGGCAUCAGGCCCACCGAGCGGACCCGGUUUCAAACCUUACUCACCCGGUUCCAGUUUCAAACCCGGAUACUCUGAACCUUCUGGUCCCGGAUAUAAACCAAAUUACCCACCAAGUGGUCUAGUUAAACCUUACCCAGAACCGUCCGGACCAGACUUUAAGCCAGGUUAUCCGGGUCCUAGUUUCAAACCCGGUUAUUCUGAACCAUCUGGACCUGGAUUCAAACCUGACUACCCAGGACCGAUAGGUCCUAGUUUUAAACCUGUUUACCCUCCUGCUGUAAAUCCUGCUCUAAAACCCGGAUACCCUGAACCAAGUGGACCUGGUUACAAACCUGGAUAUCUACCAGACCCGGAUUUAAAACCUGGUUUUCGACCAUCAGCACCGCCGCAGCGACCUGUUUACCGACCAAUUUUGGAUACGCCAGAUUAUCUACCGGGAAAACCGGGGUACUUGCCAGAGAAACCUGGUUAUUUGCCGGACCGCCGACCUGGUUAUCCUGGACCUAAUAGACCAGUUUAUGAUGAACGCCCACCCAGACCAACUAGACCUGGGUUUAAACCUGGAUAUCCUGAUAGAGCAGACGAUGAAUCGAUUUCAGUAUCGUGGCGUCACUAUACGGUAUCUGGGUUCCCGUGCCGUGCAGGGACAACGUGUGCACAGAACUCCAUCGCGGGCCAUUGGGCUUGUGAACCUGAAGGUGGAGAGAUUGGCUCAUGGGACUACUGCUGUGCGCCAACACACCGCUGUGGAUACAGUGAAGGUUUUCAUAAACCAUGGUGCUACGUAGGACCGAAUCAGGAUCAAUGGCGUCCAUGCAGUGAGAAAUAUUAUCCUUACCAUCAGCAUAAAGUCCCUCAUCCCUCACAAGGUCACCAGCAUUCACCUGGACGACCUCUGCCUCCAGGACAUAGAGAAGACAUCCCACCACGGCCCGUAGGACCUCGUCCCUGGCAGGGACAACCUGGGUAUGACCGACCCAACCCAGUUGGACCGCCAGGCCCAUAUCUGUCGGAAGGCGACAGAAAAUACUGGGACGAUUUGUACAAGAAUGGACCUCAAGCGUAUUAUGAUAAAUAUGGAAAUCCUUUGCCAGGUUAUUCUCGAGUUCCAACAGAAUCUCGUCCGUACAUCAAGUUCACUCACAACCAGCCACAGCCUGGUACUGGAACCUGGCUGCCAGUGUCUCCAUCACAAGGAUCUGAUGGACCGCCUCCUCCAGGGUUGGGAGUACCAAGAUAUUGGCCUGUAGCCUAUCUACACAAAGGUCCACCACCAAACACAACCUAUUUCCGUUACAACGAAACCCAACAACAGAUGACAACAACUACAGAAAUGUACACAACACCUCGAGAAAUAUCCACCAUCCCCCCAAGACCAGACCACACUGAAAGACACAGAGACGAAAAACAAAGAAACAUAAGUGAUUACGACACUCUAGAAAGUACCACUAUAAAAGUCCCACAAAGUACCACAGUAAAAGUUAUACCAAGUACCACUGAAGUACCAGUAACACAGGAAGCGGUGACUGAAAACAUAACUGAAGUUGAACUAGUUAAACCUGAAAGUGUAAAGUUGAGUGAAAAAAUUAAAGGUAUAGAUGACAAGUUGAACGAUUUCUCAAGUUCCAUUGAAGUUUUUGACUUAGAUGAUGUUAAAGGUGAGAAAUUGUCUGAUUUGAAAACUUUAGAAGCUGAAGAAAGGCAGAUAGAAGAGAUUGGAAGAAUACUAGCUUCUAGAAGAGGUGGCAAACUGGUUCUAGAUAAGCGUUCCCAAAAAGAACUAGAAGCUAAAAGUAUAGCUAUCGAUAAAGAGCUACUAGAUUUUAAUUUUGGUAACAGAUUUAAUGUUGAAAGAAGAGGAGUGAUACAAAAAGUGAGUAAAGAUGAGAUAGAAAGAGAAAGAGAGCGAGAAAGAGCAGCAGCAGCUGACAAAAGUUUAGAAGUGAGUGAAACUUCUUUCGUCCGUCCACCUAGAGUUUUAUCUACAACUGAGAAUAUUCGCAAAGCUAUAGUUAAUGGAAAAGUCUUCUAUGAUGCCACAAUAAGAGAACAAAGAGACACAUUUUUAAAUAAUUCUACGAGAAAGAGUAAAAAUUUGAGGUUAUUAGAUGAGACUAAAAUCUCUAAUCUCACUUCUCCUGCUAGUUAUGGCAAAAAAAUAAUCAAAGCAAGAAACGUGAAUCCAGUCAGAAGAGUAAGAAGAGUCUAUAGAAAAAGAUAUAACCCAGAAGAAGUCAGAAGGAGAUUGUUGGAAAGAGAAAAGAGUAAACAAGAGAGUAGUACAGAAAAUUCUAGGAAAAUAUAAGUGGUUAUUGUAAAUUGUGUAAUUACUCAUAUUUUUCUUACAGUAUUUCUAUUUUUUAUAAUAUGAGUAAAAGUUAUAAGCAAUAGUAUAAGUUAUAAGUAAAAUAAGCGUCAUUAUCAAUUUAAAAUGUAAUUUUUUAAUAAAAUAAUUAUUAUAAAAGGCUUGGUGCUUCCAAAAAUUGUCAGUUUGACUUCAAAUUUGUAUUUAGGUUGAAUUGACGAUGCGUAUUUCGAAAUUAUAAGUAUGAA